GAUGGUAUUUUAAAACACAUAUCUGUGUAUGUUUGUGUUUUUACAAUGGCUCAACCAGAUGUUCCAUUAAUCUUACCUCCGGUUUCUGUUAUCGGGCAUGAGUUUAUUGCGCCAUACCCACUUGAAACUAAAUUCGAAAAAUAUUCAAAAGAAAGCCUUGUAAUCACAGAUAUUAACAACAAAAUAAUUCUGAAAGUUAAACCAUGUGACUCAAGCUUCCAUCGUCAGCGGCUGUUGCUAGACGCUGAUGACAGACCCAUCGUUAAGCUACGAGAAAAGAAUAUGAGUGAACAUAAACAAUGGAAUGUAUAUAGGGGUGAAAGUAAAGCCGAUGCAGAUACGAUAUUUAGCGCGAAAAAAGAGCACGCAUUGCAGUCUAAAAAAAUAUGUGUAAACGUGUUCAUGGCAAACAAAAGUAAUAGCAAGGGUGAGUAUGAUUUCCGGGUCAAAGGAAACUGGUCUAAGAGAAGUUGCACUGUUUAUAUGGGAGAUUCUUCAACAUCAAUAGCCCAAAUGAACUCAGUGCAAUCUUUGGAGACGAAAAAGGUGGAAAAGGACAAGUUCACGGUAACUAUUAGUCCGAACGUGGAUUAUGUAUUUGUGGUCGCACUUAUCGCCAUUAUUGAUGCUAUGAAAAACUCCGAUACAAAAGAAGUUUUGGCUGGGGGAGUUGGGGGAGGCCUGGGUGAGGCUAUUGGUACCAUGAUUGUCUCUUAGUUUUAGAUCCAUUUUAUAUCUGGAAUUCAUAAUAUGCUUGAAUAUAUCAUCUCUUAACUUGUUGUGGCGCUUUUAUGUUACGUGGUAUCAAAAGCGUUUAGGAUCAUAUAUUAUAUAUCAUGCAUAGUACAAUUAUUCUUCUUCUUCUAGUUA